CUUUUUUUUUUGGUUCUGUUUUAUUUUAUUAUUAUUUUAGAAAAGAGCUUAGAGCAAGACCAUGGGAAGUGUACAGUUGAAUGGUUCAGGCUUAGUAGCUUCUCUAUCUCCAAAUCAUAGCUUUAGCCACAAAAUCAAACUUAGUAACGCAAAGUCAUACUUCUUGCGCUCAAAACACAAUGCCACCAGAGCCAAAACCAUUCGAGCCAUAAGCACCGCACCAACGAGCCAACCUCCAGCGGCAGAUGAACCCAACGACGAACCUCCUUCUGUCGAUUUUGCGUUCGUCCAUUCGGUGUUGUUACCGGACGGGACACCGGACGUGCAUUGGAGAAGAGCAUGCGGUGGACAGAAACUUAGAGACAUAAUGUUGGAUUCUAACAUCGAGCUCUAUGGUCCUUACAGUAAGCCCUUGUCAAACUGCGCAGGAGUAGGAACUUGCGCUACUUGCAUGGUCGAGAUUGUAAAUGGAAAGGAGCUUCUAAAUCCACGAACUGACAUUGAGAAGGAGAAACUCAAAAGGAAACCAAAAAAUUGGAGACUAGCUUGUCAAACCAACGUGGGAAAUCCAGAUUCGACCGGAUUGGUCGUCAUACAACAAUUACCAGAGUGGAAAGCUCAUGAAUGGAACAUCCCUAAGAAUAUACCUAAUGACGAUGAUCUCGAAACUUCUACGUGAAACUUUUGUCAUUGUUGUUAAUUGUUAUCACAAAUUUGUAACCAUCGAGUUUCUUUCAAAUAUGUGUCAAUAAUAUUUAACAAAACUAAAUGAUUAUUGUAAAAUAGUAAA